AUGAGUAUGAUAGACCUUCCUCAUAUUUACAAAAAGGGUAAAGCAUUGAGACUUAAAAAUCUUGAUGAUCCUACUCAGAAAAAAGAAUAUGCUUUUUCUUCUUCAGGAAAAAUAGGUGUUCAAACCCUAGCUAACAUUUGUAGAGGUUCUAUCAGACAACAAUUAGCCAAUCUAGAUUUACGAAUUAUUAUAGACUAUUCAUUGGUAGAAUGGAAAGAAUUGGAGGAAGAGGAACCCACAGGGAACGAAUGGGAAGAUCGAAAAGUUGGAAGAAGAAAAGAUUUUUUGCUUAGACGCAUGGAAUUGGCUAAGCAUUUUAUUCGAACAAAUAUAGAACCAAAAUGGAUGGUUUUGCGUCUAUUACCAGUUCUUCCUCCUGAGUUGAGACCAAUCUAUCAUAUAGAUGAGGAUAAAAUAGUGACCUCGGAUAUUAAUGAAAUCUAUAGAAGAAUUAUCUAUCGGAAUAAUACUCUUAAAGAUCUAUUAACAACAAGUAUAGCUACGCCAGAAGAAUUAAUAAUAUCUCAGGAAAAAUUGCUACAAGAAGCCGUGGAUGCACUUCUUGAUAAUGGAAUCUGCGGACAACCAAUGAGGGAUGAUCAUAAUAGAGUUUACAAGUCGCUUUCAGAUGUAAUUGAAGGCAAAGAAGGAAGAGUUCGCGAGACUCUGCUUGGUAAACGAGUCGAUUAUUCAGGGCGGUCCGUGAUUGUCGUGGGCCCUUCACUUUCAUUACAUCGAUGUGGAUUGCCUCGCGAAAUAGCAAUAGAACUUUUCCAGGCAUUUGUAAUUCGUGACCUAAUUAGAAAACAUCUUGCUUCGAACAUAGGAGUUGCUAAGAGUCAAAUUCGGAAAAAAAAACCGAUUGUAUGGGAAAUACUUUAGGAAAUUGUGGAUGACCAUCCUGUAUUGCU